GUGGAGAAUACUCUUUUUCGAGUCCCUGGUAAAGAAUUCAAGGAACAGUCAGAGGUCUUUGCGGGAAUGUUUGCAUCGCCGCCGCCAUCGGACGGGCAGGAUGGUCAAAGCGAGGAGCACCCUAUUCACCUCGAAGGUGUGAAGGCCCAUGACUUCCGUUGUUUUCUAAAAGCAUUUCUACCGAGGCCGGAAUGGCAAGGUCGAUUGAUUAUGACAGACACAGAACUCGAGUCUGCAUUGCACCUUGCAAAAAUGCGGUGCUUUGAUCGUUUUCAGUCGCAACUUAUAGAGAAACUCAACAACCAUAACCUUCGAUCUUCGCGAAAGCUCCAGUUAGCAAGGAUAUUUGAUAUACAGGAGUGGUUCGGGCCGGAGUUGAGGUUGCUUGCAUUGCGCUCCUCUAAUUUGACAACCGAGGAAUGGGAAGAACUUGGUCCCAAACUAACUGUUGUUGUCUCUCAACUACGAGAUGAACGAUAUAAUGCGCUUUUGGGCAGUAUCAAAGACUGGGAUCCCGAAGACGCCGAGGAGCACAUACACGAAGCUGAAGAUAAAGUUAAUGAAAUGCUAAAUGAACUGCUUUAUUGAAUCAUUGGUAUGAGCCGUAUGACUAGACUGUUUACUGCGAUUCUCUCUCAUGACCCAGUCUAAAUGUGUUUCC